AUGUCCGAGGCCUCACCAACACCGGGGGUGGCGACCGCAAGUUCGGCGUUGGCCCCGCAGCUCUUCGGUAGCGCCGAGGCCUCCAGGAGGCGGCGCCUGAAACCCAUAUCCUUUCAACGCAUGGCCAUGAUCCAGGAGGAGAUUGCGCGGAUUGACAAGCAUCUCGAGGCGCUGGAGGCAAGCGAGAGCAAAGUCGUCGAUCCUGACUCGGUUGGGCAACAUAACCUCACCACCGAAGACGUCAUCGACCCCGUUGUGCUGCACAUGCUCACAGUGGAGCUAUGCCAACUGGCGGCCUCUGGCGACGCCGUGGGUGCCCGAAUCCUACUCACCGGCGGCGCAGAUCCCAACAGUCGCGACUACGAUGGCCGUACACUGCUGCAUAUUGCCUGCAUGAACGGUCGCCUCUCAGUGGUUACGGUGCUCCUUGAAUUCGGCGCAGACGCGUCGCUGCUGGACCGCGACGGCAACACCCCUCUUGAGGUAGCGGAGGAGAACGGCUUCGGCGACGUUGCGCAGGUGCUGUCUGGCUACUUUGACAUGGGGGACAACGCCGUGCCCGCCUCCUUCACCGGGAAGCCGUCCUCCUUCGAGUCCACACCUGUGUCGAUGCACCAGCUAGACUUCUCCGCCGUCCCGCAGCCCAUGCUUGGGUCGCUCAUUGUCAUUAUGGUCGGACUCCCCGGGCGUGGCAAGACGUAUGUGGCGGAGCAAAUCCGGCGCUACUUCCAGUGGAACGGGCUGACGUGCAAGAUCUUCUCGCAUCAGGCGUGCCGCCGUCGUGUCGAGCGUGCCAUGACGGACCGGACGGGCAGAGACGUCAACGUGUCAUCGCCGACUGGCGCGACGGAACUUGAGUUUCGAAUCUCCAAGGAGCUGGCGCACGACCUCACCACCUACAUUUGCAGGACCAGCGGUGUUGCCAUCCUUGACGGCACGCAGACGACACAUGCACGGCGGCAGUACCUGCUGCGCGCGAUUCGCGACACGCGCCUCAUAAACAUGACGCGCGUCGUCUUUGUGGAGCUGGUGAAUAACAACAGUGAGACGAUCCACCGCAACAUCCUGCUCGCCAAGGAGAUGUUCCCGAACACGCCGGAGGACUUCGUGGACCGCUAUUACGAGGUCAUCAAGCAACACGAGGCGGUGUACAAGACACUCAAUCCUAUCACGGACUGCGACAUGCCCUACAUUCGUAUUGAGGAUACCCAGACGUACUCGCUGAACAUGAUCACCGGCUGGAUGCCGAGUCGGCUCGCCUUCAUGCUGCACAACCUCAGUCAAACCCCCAUGAACUUGUACCUCACCCGCGCCGGUGAGUACGUGGACUUGCUGAGCGACCGCAUCGGUGGGAACUCGCGCCUCACCGCGCGGGGCCGUGCCUACAGUCGUGCCCUCUUUGAAUACUUUGAAAAGGAAAUUCCGUCAACGACGGCCUUGACCGUCAUGACGAGCUGCGCGAAGCGGUGCACGCAGACGGUGCACUACUUUGCCGAGGAGUCCAUCAAGUGCCAAUCCACUGCGAACACCGCCUCGGAGCAGGCGGAAGGAAAACCUUCUCUGCGCUGUCGCGUCUUGUACUUCCCUACCCUGGACGACAUCAAUCACGGCGACUGCGAAGGGCAGCUGCUGUCUGACGUCCUGCGAACCAUGCCAAACACGUUGCAGUCCAUGAAGGCGGACCCGUACUAUACAGCGUGGCCGAAUGGCGAGUGCAUUCACCAAGUAUUUAACUCGCGACUCGAGCCUCACAUCCAUGACAUCCAAGCCAGCACCACCCCAGUGCUCGUCGCCUCUCACCUCCAUCUUUUGCAAGGCCUCUACUCGUACUUUGUGACGGAUGGCGACAAUAUCGUCGCUCCGCAGAACGCGUUCCAGAUCGACAUCCCGUUCGAGCACGUCAUCAAGAUCCGCAUGGUGGGCCUCAACCGCGUCGCCGAGCUUAUUCACCUUUCUGACGCCGUCGAUGCCAUACUGCGGAAUGACACGGAGCUGUACACAUGA